UAGCAGUGAGAAGAAGAUGGAAAUGGGGGCCAUGCAAAAACAAAAGCAGACAACUCCUCAAUCUGACAAUUGCUCACGGCUCUUCCCUUUUGUGUUCCGCAGGGCCCCACGUCAGCUUCGUUCAGAUCGGCUAAACGAUUUCCUUAUUCGCGAAGAAUGAUUGCUGACGACGACGGCGAUCGACCUCAGACAUCCUUCAUUUUUUUUAUACUCAUCUUUUACUCUUUUCCUUGAUUUCCACCCGAGAUUCUUGAUGGGUGAUAGUUUCUGCUGAUUUUUGUUUUCGUUCAAAAGUUCUUACCUUGAGCGAAGCUCUGGGGUCUCUGAAUCUCGUGUGGAAGAUGGUUUCUCGCGGGGUCCGUUCUUGGACUUUGGUUGGUCUUGUCGGGGCGUUCCUUGAUCUCGCUCUUGCUUAUCUCCUGCUGUGUGUGGCGGCUUUUGUGUUUCCUGCUUCAAGAUUCUGCCAUACUUUCGGGAUCCAUCUUCCUUGUCCGUGUGAGGGCGUGUUAGGGUUUCGAAGUAGUAGCAUCUGCUUGCACAAGCUGCUUGUUGAAAUACCCACAAGGAAGAUCUACUCUGUUCAGAGCUUGGUGAGGAGUAAAUUCCCUUUUGGUGCUGUUGUUUCUGAAGACGAGUCACGUAAUUCAGACUUGAAGUUAGUCGGAGACAAGAAAGUUGAGAAUGGUGUUACCAAUUUGAGUGGCGAAAAGCUCUUUAGUUCUUUAUCGGGGGCGGCAUCGCAGAAUUCGAAUGACGGGGAGAUUGACCAUGAUGUUAAAGGAAAGGGUGUUGUGGUAAAUCAGAAGCAAAGGUCUGGACUUGGAAUUCGGAGAAGAAGAAGCAGAGCUGUCCUUGCAUACGGGAAAUUUAGGCGUAAGAAUUUGAAGUCAGCCGCUGGUAAUGUUUGCCCCUACCGUCCUGAUAAUGGAGAAAUGAGAAGCGAAAUUGCAGAAAGUUUGGGCCUUGUUAGCGGGAUUAAUGGUCAAGUCCUGGAUGAAAGAAAACCCAUAGACGUUGCUGAGGGUGAAAGAACGUGCCAUAGCUAUGAGCUGAGUGGAUCUUUCGAUGGGAGCAAAGGUGUGAAUUUUGAUUCAUCUUCUAUUGACAGCUAUAUCACUGAUGCUUCAGACAAGGUAGGGAUUUGCAGAACCGAGUCAAGUAGAAUCAGAAUGCUAGAACAAGCACUUGCUGAAGAGAAAGCUGCUCAUGCUGCACUUUACCUGGAAUUAGAGAAAGAGAGAGCUGCUUCUGCUACUGCUGCUGAUGAAGCUAUGGCCAUGAUAUUUCGCCUGCAAGAAGAGAAGGCAUCGAUAGAAAUGGAAGUUAGGCAGAAUGAGAGGAUGAUGGGAGAAAAGUUUGCCUAUGACGAAGAGGAAAUGAGUAUUCUCAAAGAGAUCCUAAUUAGGAGGGAGAGGGAGAAUUUUUUCCUGGAGAAUGAAGUUGAAGCAUAUAGACAAAUUUCUUCCGGAGAUCAAAUCAGGGAUGAUCAUGUGCAAGACAUCAAGGAUAGCUACGGGAAAAGCCGUCCUGUGCUUCACCCGGGUGAGCAUGUACAGUCCAUGGCACCAGAGAUCAACAAUGGUGGAGUUAUUAAUGAUUAUGUAAUGGAGCCAACCCAGUACUGCACAAGCGUGAAGAGAUGUAUCUCUCAUGAUGGAGAAGGGGCGGAGGAAUAUAGGGAAAAUGGAGAUAAAGAAUGUGGCAACCUUCGAGAAACUGUGCAUGACAUGCAACAGAUAGUUCAUGAUGUUCAUGUGGUUGAUGAUAAACCAGAACAACCGAAGAUUGGCACAAAUGAGGAAGAAAUGGGGCAGAAAGGUCAUGUCAGCGAUGCUAAUAUCGAUGACGUAUUAGAAUUGUUGGUUGACUCACGGAGUAGAACAAUGGUACAUGAUUCUGAAAGGGUUUCCUUGUCGGCAGUUCAUUAUGAAAGAUUAAAGCUUGACAUUGAAGUUGAAUGGCUCAGAGAGAUGUUACGAAUUGUUCAAGAGGGAAAGGAGAAGUUGAGAAUAUCUGGAAUAAACAGGGAAGGAGAGACAAACCAGUUGGAACUGUUAGACGAUAUACAACAUCAGCUUGAGGAAAUUCAACGGCUAAGGGGGCCCAUGCGGCACGCUUCCUUACCCAAUGUAUUAUCUAAGGUGAAGAUCCAAGACAUGCAGCCGCCGAGUGCGAAUUGGGAAACGCAAGAGAGCACGUAGCAAAAGAAAAUCGCCAGAAAGGGUAAAAAAGCUGUGGGCUUCUGUAUUGGGUUCAUGUUUUGGAUAAUUUGGUGGUGAGGAAACUGUGUAUGGUCGCUUGUAAUGUCCCAUGGUGAUGUGUAUAGCCUUUGCCGGGGUGAGCUUUCAGGUGUGUCUGUUACCCCCUCUCUUGGCAGUGUAUAUACAGUUUCUCAGGCAAGUCGAGCUAUUAGGUCGGUGGUCGUGCU